CUCAUCAAGAGAACACACAGAAGAACAAUAAUAAUGUCUUCUCUCAAUCAUGAUGAUAAUGCUCAUCACGUAGUUGAGGACUGCAUGGGAGUCCUCAAACUCUAUAGUGACGGAACCGUCAUCCGUUCCAACAUCCAAUUCAAACCCAUCAAUCAAAACAACGAAGACAACAACCUCGUACUUUUCGAAGAUCACCUUUUCAACAAGAAACACAACCUCCAUCUUCGUCUCUACAAACCCACCACUACUUCCACCAACUUGCCAAUCAUCUUCUUCCUUUAUGGUGGAGGCUUUUGUUUCGGCUCGCGAGCCUGGCCUCACACCCAUGCCUUCGGCAUCCGUCUCGCCACUUCUCUACAUGCCUACGUGGCCACGCCGGACUACCGGUUGGCCCCUGAGCACCGGCUUCCAGCUGCGGUCGAUGAUGCAGUAGAGGCGGUGAGAUGGAUGCAGAGGAAGGGAUUACAUGGAAGUGGUGACACGUGGAUCGGAGAUUGCAUUGACUUUGACCGGGUCUUCAUCAUGGGGGACUCUAGUGGAGGUAACAUAGCGCACCAGCUUGCGGUCCGGUUUGGUUUGGGUUCGAGAGAAAUGGAGCCGGUUCAGGUACGAGGUUACGUGUUGCUGGCGCCGUUUUUCGGUGGGGAGGCUCGGACCAAGUCCGAGGAGGGACCGCCGGAGCAAAUGCUGAAUCUGGAUAUGCUAGACAGAUUUUGGAGGCUGUCAAUCCCUGUUGGAGAGAACAGAGACCACCCAUUAGCAAAUCCAUUUGGACCUAGAAGUCCAAACCUUGAAGAUGUAGAACUUGACCCUAUUCUGGUGAUAGUAGGUGGCAAUGAAUUAUUGAAGGAUAGGGCACAGGACUAUGCAACAAGGUUAAAGGAAUUAGGGAAGAACAUUCAGUACAUUGAAUUUGAGGGGAAGGAACAUGGUUUCUUCACUCAUAAUAAUGAUCCACACUCAGAAGUUGAAGAAGAGGUCAUGCAAUUAAUUAGGCAAUUCAUGCUCCAAAAUUCCAAUUAGAACACUUAAUAUAUAUUAUAUAUAAUGAUAUGAUGUUAGCUAUGAUACAUUACUUUUUUAUUUUUUCUAUUUUCCCUUUUGAUUAUUUUGGUUUAGUAAGUAUUAUUUUAUUAUGGGACUUUUUUUUUUGUGAUAAAGAUUGUGAUCGAUGGAGAUUGAAGUGUAGAGCAACAUAUUUAAUUAGAUAUACGUUGCUUUCUUGUGGAAAA